AUGGCUUUGUCACAUACAGGGUUCCUCGGGGACCGGAUGACCGGUAAAGCGCUGGAAAUCGGUGUCUGCGCGACGGCAUCGGCUGGUUUCUUGUUGUUUGGAUAUGAUCAGGGAGUCAUGUCUGGUAUUAUCACUGAACCCAUCUUUCUUGGAACUUUUCCGAAAAUGGCAGAGGACUACAAGUUAGGAUCCAUUCAAGCGCUUGUGGUUGCCAUUUACGAGAUUGGUUGCCUUAUUGGAUCAUUCAUCAUCAUUGGAUACGGAGAUAAACUCGGACGUCGACGAGCAGUUUUGGUCGGCGCUGCAAUUAUGCUUGUCGGAACAGCUAUUCAAACAUCUUCUACCACCCUGGCACAACUCAUCAUCGGAAGGAUAGUUACGGGCGCUGGAAACGGCAUGAAUACUUCCAGUAUCCCGGUUUGGCAAUCGGAAAUGGCACCUCCGAAGAUUCGUGGCUUUUUAGUGCUUUUCGAAGGCGCCCUCAUCACCGGCGGAGUCAUGAUCUCGUACUGGAUCAAUUACGGAUUUUGGUUUUACAACAAGAGCUCUUUCCAAUGGCGAUUUCCAGUUGCCUUCCAAGCUUUCUUCGGCAUCAUCCUUAUUAUCGGCAUUCUCGCAUUCCCCGAAUCUCCUCGAUGGCUACUCAAACAUGGCAAGGAAAAGGAGGCUGCUCAGAUCAUGGCUCGUCUCAAGCAAUGCGACGUUGAUGAUCAAGAAUUGCAAAAGGAUAUUGAGGAUAUCAAGAAGAUCAAUGAGAUUACUGCAGGCCGCAAACUGACGGUCAAGGAGUUCUGCUCGAACGGACCUGACAUGCAUCUUUGGCGCGCUUCCAUCGCUUUCGCAGCCCAGGCUUUCCAACAGAUUGGCGGAAUCAAUUUGGUCACUUACUAUGCAACUGUCGUCUUUGAAAAUUCCCUCGGCUUUGAUCCUACCUUCGCGCGUCUCCUUACCGGCGUCCUCGGUACCGAAUACUUCCUCUCCGCCCUUGUCGCCCUCUUCGUCGUCGAUCGUCUUGGCCGCCGUCGCCUCAUGAUGUGGAAUGCAGCAGGCAUGGGUCUCGCCAUGAUGGUCGCUGGUAUCGGCUUGUCCGUAGGCAACCAGUCCGGCGCUUACGCAGCCACUGUCAUGAUCUUCCUCUUCAACACCUUCUUUGCGAUCGGCUGGCUCGGCGUCACCUGGCUAUACCCCGCAGAAGUUACACCCAUCCGCAUCAGAGCCGAAGCAAACGGACUUUCUACAUCAGCGAAUUGGUUAUUCAACUAUGCCGUCGUGCAGUUGUCGCCAAUCAUGAUCAACACCAUUGCUUGGAAGACCUACUUCGUCUUCAUGUGCUUCAAUUUCGCCUUCAUCCCUGUGGUUUACUAUACUUUUGUCGAGACCAAUGGCUACAAACUCGAAGCGAUGGAUACCAUUUUCCAGAUCGCCCACAAGAAUAAGGAGAAUCCUGUUUGGGUUGAGAAGAGAGUGCGCAAGGGCAAUACUGAUGAAGCACAUGCUGUGGAGAAUAGAUCUAGCUCGACUGGAAGCGGUGAAGGUGAGAAAGAGAAGGUGGAAGAUACGGAGCACAAGGAAGACGCCUAGGUGUGCUUGUACCUUACUCUCUCUUGAAAAAAAAUAUACCUUAUUUACCC